AUGAAAUUAUUAACAAAUCAUAUUAUGGUCCUUUUGCAACUAGCUGGUUGGUUCUAUCAAAUGAACAAUUUUUACCAUAUUGUGUUGGAAUGAAAGUUCAAAUAGAAAUGAGCAGUAGUCAUUCACCUUCUGGUGCAAUAAGUGAAAUGUUUAAUAAACUCAAUAAAAAAGGAAAAAAUUAUUCAGGCCUUUCUUUAAUGGGAUUUGAUAACUCUAAUAUAAUUGAAGAAUUAUUUUUUGAUGGAUCUUUGUAUCACAAAUUGAUAGGUAUUGGAACAAUAGAUGGAAUGGAAUUGGAGAAGGAUUUUGCUCCUCAUUUCUAUGGAGAUAAUUUGAAAGUAGCAGAAUUUGAAGAUGAAACACCAUAA